UAGACCGAGAAAACAGCUGUUGAUAUUAUGAGUCAUCAACCUCCAGUUUCCUGUAUUCCAAACACAGGCAAAAUGUCGAAAGCUAAAAAAGUUAUUGAAGAAGCGAAGGAAAAUAACAAUCCUGAAAUUGAUUUGGUGGACAAAGGACUCUCUAGCUUGGACGAGAUACCUGGCUUGUUCAGUCUCGCCAACAUAACUCGUCUCUCUGUAAGCCACAACAAGAUCCAAGUAGUUCCGGCUGCUCUUGCUAACCUUGCUAACUUGGAGAUCCUGAAUCUUGCCAACAACUACAUCACUGAACUCCCAGUCAGUCUAUCUUCUCUACCGAAGCUCCGUAUCCUCAACGUUUCUCUGAACAGACUCAAUGGCUUACCGAGAGGCUUUGGUUCAUUCCCUGUUCUGGAAAUCUUGGACCUGACAUACAAUAAUCUGAAUGAGAAGAAUCUCCCUGGAAACUUCUUUAUUAUGGACAGUCUCCGAGCAUUGUACCUCGGUGAUAAUGACUUUGAAUACUUGCCUGCUGAAAUUGGUAACCUGAAGAAUUUACAAAUUCUUUCAAUGCGCGAAAACGAUUUGAUUGAAGUGCCUCGUGAGCUCGGUCAGCUGGCUCGCUUGAGAGAACUGCACCUACAAGGCAACAGGCUAGUUGUGUUACCACCUGAAAUUGGAUCUCUCGACUUGGCCAGCAACAAAUCAGUGUUACGCCUGGAAGGCAACUUCUGGGUGCCACACAUCGAGGACCAGCUCAAGUUGGGACCCUCACACGUGCUCGAUUAUCUGCGCUCUGAGACCUACAAAGUGUUAUACAGUCGGCACAUGUCAGCCAAGCCGGCCCCACCGCCUCAGACGCUGGACAAGAGCAAGAAAGCUAGCAGAGCGGCCUAGCUUCGUUUAACUGUUGUUAUUAGAGUACUCUUCUGAUUAAUACUUAAUAAUAAUAAUUAAUCAAGUGUGAUGUUUGGCUCUCAACAAAUGCGUGUAUGACAUGAACGGUAUCGACGUAUUCAGGCAUUUGCUUAUGAAUAAAGUAAAAAGUAUUUAACUAUAUGUUUAACGUGUGUGUAGGCCAGAUAUCUGGCAUAAAAUAUAUUGACGUAAUUUACUACAUUUUAUGAGACAAAGCAUUUAAAAUGUGCAAGAAGUAAUAAUUACUAUUACUCUCUUUUACUGUAUAUUUAAAAACUCAUAGGUGCCUAAUAUAAUCUGUAAAGAUUUCUUCUAUAUAUAUAAAAGAAUGAUCAAAAUUGUUACCAAAAUCACAAAUAAGUCUAUUGCUACUGCCAAUAGUUCUAGAAAUGCCAUAAUGUACUGCUAAGUGCACUUACAUAGAUACAUUUAUAUAUUUUUUUACACUAAUUAUGGUGCUAAUUUAUUAAUUUUGUAUGUUGUGAUUGUAAUAAGUAUUGAAAUAAAUUAUUUACUAACUA